CCGGUCAGUCGAGCUUCGAGCUCCGUUGUGUAAACAUCGUGUGUAACAAUAGUGUCCAAGCUAUAAACAUUUUGGACUAAAAAUCUUUGGCUUCGUAGUAUGUCUUGACAAGUGAGAAAGACUUUCGAACGAGGGUCUCGGCAGUCAAGGGUUCAUCACGAUGGUGGUCGGUCAUCAGCUUCCGGAACAGUACACUGUACCACAACUAGCCAUUUUCUUUCACAGUUUGCCGCAUCUAAAUGUUUCGUUCCAUUUGGUUAACAACACCUUUAAUCCUGGCUCUGAUAUAUAUCUUGAGAGUCUGGGUAUAUUAGGAAGCAUUCCUGCUGCCUGGUUGAUCUUGACACUACUCGUAUUGUUAGUUUAUCUUGUAACGAGAUGUUGCGAUCGAAAACCACGUCCAAGAAGAUCAAUAACUCUGUUGAAAUGUUUACUUGCUAUUUUGGCAGUACUGUGUUCUGGUGCUGUUGCAGUAGGACUUUAUGGAAACGAUGAUGUACACAAUGGUCUUGUACAAUUUCUAAAUGCUGCUAAAGAGAUUGAUAAAAGUAUUUUGUCUGUUAAAAAUCAAACAGAAACAAUAGACGCAAUACUGAGAAAAAAAUUACAACCUGGAUUAACGUCAUUCGGUGAUGAAUUGGAUGCACCUGUUGGUAAUAAAACAGCUUACGAAAUUUUGAUGCCAAUAUGGAAUCAAAUGCUUAAGAAUACAACGGUUGCUGUCGAACGUAGUGGUGAAUUAAAAAAACUGCUGUGUUGUAUUAAUCUGGGUAAACCCAUUGAGCUGGUUGAUAAAAUUGAAUUCUUCAGAUGGCCUGUCACUAUGGCUGUACUGAGUGCUUUACUUGUACUAUGUGUGGUUCUGCUGGUCGGAGUCGCGCGACAUUCUCGCUGUGCCCUCAUUACAUUUUCUGUAUUCGGCCUCUUCGCUGUCAUAAUUUCAUGGCUAAUGGCUUCCUCGUACCUGGCAACAUCGGUAUUCCUCGGUGAUUUCUGUAUGUCUCCUGAUGGUUAUCUUACAAGAAAUAAUCCAACACCAAUGGCUAGUGAAGUACUUAAUUACUAUAUGCACUGCGAAAGCACCCAAAAUAAUCCAUUUACACAACGAUUGAGAGCGGGACAAAUGGCUGCUGGUUACAUGAAAAUGAGUUUGGCUGCUGUUGAACGUAUUGUACUGAACCUAUAUGAUAGCCCAUCACUUGCGCCAAAGCUCAGUAGCCUCAAAAAUGAGGUACAAGCUGUGGACCAACUUAUGCCAGGGUUAAGUACUCUUCUUAACUGUAAACCACUUCAUAGGCAAUAUGUUAAUGCCGCCAAAGGCCUCUGUCAUCUUGGACUAUACGGAUUGACGUUUAUGCUGAUUGCUAGUCUUGCUGCUGGAAUAUUUUUUACUAUUUUAGUUUGGGUUGAUUCCCACACGUGGAUUUAUAUCAGAAAACGAAGGGAUUACUCACAAGUUGACGAGCAGGAUCCAUUUUUGCCACCAUCAGCGGCGUCGCAGGCCAUCGCAGCCAGGACUCUUCGUGGCCAAGGGUCGUACCCGCCUACAGCCCCUUCUCUUAAUCCAAAUUCUCAUGGCACGAAUAAUACAAUUAAGCAGCCUCUUCUGCUAACGCCGCCCCCGCCAUCCUACGCUACCGCAACAGCUCGAGCACGUCAGCUGCACGAGAGCAUGUUAAAAGGUGGGGGUGUUAACGGGAGUGGAGGAAUCGGAGAUCACAAACUGUCUCAGCAUAAUCAGCAAUCGGCAAGUGGACGAGCUGAGCACCGUUCUGGGCACGGAGAUCAACCUGGUCAGUACGCAACUUUAAGUAAACAGUGCAAGACUUUAGAAUCUAAUAGAGAGCCUCCUUGGACACCAAGUGUGGCGUCCUUUACUGGUACAAUGUCUCAUAACUCACAUGGUCCUGCCCAUCUUGCCACAUUUCAAGACUCUCGAAAAACCCAAACAUUGGAUCCUAAAAAUCUUGCUAAUUUAAAACGAGGACCUACACCAGCAUGGAAUCAAAAUCGUCCACUACCACCAAAUCCAUCGAGUCAACCGUCCUGGGAAUUUGAAUCACGAUCACAAACGAACAUGAAUCAAUUUCGUUCAUUAGUUAAAAAUAAAACACCGAAUAUUAGAGUCCAAGAUCAAGUACAGGACCAGGUAAGGACACUCGAUCGUAAUUUUACACGUGGACAAUUCAAUGGUACUGCUCCAAAUAACGUUGUUCCAAAUAUGUACGGUACUUAUAAUCGCGCACAAGCACGACAAGAAAAAGCAUCUGCGGUUCCUACUCUCAGUCAGGUUCAAGGCAGCGAUCCUAAUUUAUAUGCCGUAACAGAGUUAUAAAAUAAUAGAAAAGAUCAAUAUUAAGAGAACAACAAAGGUCCUAAUUAUGGUAUUUAAAUAUACGAAAAACCAAAGUAAUAAACAGGUGAAAAAUAAAUCGAGACUGAGAUUAAUAUUAAAAAAAAAAAAAAAAGAAAAAAAACAAAGAGGGGGCGAAUAAUCUCGGAAAAACUGAACAAUCGAAAUAUUUAUACAAUGAGAUUUAUAUCGAUUAUUAUUAUUAUUAUUAAUAUAUAAAGAACCGAAUCUCAAUAAAAAAUGUCUAACAUUUAUAAUAAAAAAAAAAUUCAAAAAAAAAAAUAAAGAUAAUCUGUUAUGGUAAAUACGAAAUAAAUAUCACAAUAGAUUUAAAAAUCACCCUACGGCUGUAUAAUUGGCAGCGUAUUUUUUUUUAUAUAUAUAUAUACAUAUUAGACUGGGCCAAAAAAAUCGACUAUUUUUUUUUUCUUUCGAUACUGUGAAAAUAUUAUUCCUUAUGACCAAAAAAAAUUAUUGUGCAAGUUUGAGCCCAUAAUAUUGAUAUUAAGAGGUGUAUCGUUAUGACUAUUUGUUUUUUAACAGAAAUUUCAUUUUUUACCCAAAACUCGUAAAUCAUCUAUCUGAAAAAUUUGAGCAAUAUAUAUUCUUAAAGGAAAUUGAAUUCCCUACAAAAAAUCUCUCUUAGUAAAUUGACGUAAAACGAGUCGUUUUUUUGUAACUGUGCCUUAAAUAUUGAUUUGUUUUUUAAAUUUUUUGUUUUUAUUUUGGAUUUUUGUAACUACUAGAAAUAUUGAAAUUUUUUCUAGUAAAGAUACAUAUUUUUAAAGGAAAUUUAAUACUCUACAAAAAAGGUCUCUUAACAUUUUUUGCUAAAUUCACUCCUUCAAAAGUUAUUCAGGUUAUUUAAGUCGUUUUGAUUCAACUUCAAUCUUAAAUAACUUUCGAAGGAGUGAAUUCAGCAAACAAUGUUAAGGGACCUUUUUUGUAGAGCAUUAAAUUUCCUUUAAAAAUAUGUAUCUCGACUAGAAAAAAUUUCAAUCUUUCUAGUAGUUACAAAAAUCCAAAAUAGAAACGACGAAUUUAAAAAACAAAUCAAUGUUUAAGGCAAGGUUACAAGGACACGGCUCAUUUUACGUCAAUUUACUAAGAGAGAUUUUUUGUAGGGAAUUAAAUUUCCUUUCAGAAUACACAUUGCUCAAAUUUUUCAGGUAGAUCAUUCACGAGUUUUGUGUAAAAAAUAAAAUUUCUGUCAAAAAACUAAUAGUCGUAACGAUACACCUCUUAUCAUCAAUAUUAAGGGCUCAAAAUUGCACAAUAAUUUUUUUUGGUCAUCAGGAAUAAUAUUUUCACAGUAUCAAAAAAAAUAAAUAGUCGAUUUCUUUGGCCCAGUCUAAUACAUAUAUAUAAAUAAAAAAUUGUUAUAUACCUAGGGUACAUUCAGUAGAUUCUAUAGUUGAUCGAUAUCACAUUAAAUGUGAGAGAGAAUACCAAAAGACACUUUUUUACAAUAUUAUUUAUACGUUUAAAAAUACUAUAUAUAUCGCGCAAAUUGUAAUUUAAUGUAAAACGAAUUUCAUAUUUUUUUUUUUUGUUUUGUUUUUUUUUUCGUCUCGAGUUAUUAAUUCAUCAGUUAAUAUCCCACCUUUAUUUAGAUAAAUAAAAGUUACCAAUUUAAAUAUUUAUUAUUAAAAUAAACGAUUUGCGCCAAUGUGUACCGAUAAGCACAAGUUUAUUAAAAGCUGAUAAUAAUAAUAAUUAAUAAUUAUUAUUAUUAUUUGUAAGCUAAAAUUACAAAUAUCGUUUAAGUUUUUUUUUUAAAUUUAAAUUAAGUCAGUUUUUUUGUACGUAAUUAUUUAAUUAAUAAUAAUAAUUUAUAAUUUUUACUGUUUCGAGACCGCACUUUUUUCAGUUCCAAUGUAUUUGAAGGAUAUUUGUAAUAAAAGUUGUAAAAACUGACGGAAAAUCGAUUUCUGUGUUUAUAAUAAUUUAUUAUUUGAUGAUAAAAACAAAAAUAAACUGCCACUGCUCAGGCAUCUUUUACACUUAAAAGUACAAACCGUAAUCCGGUGGUACGUGGUUUCCUAUUUAUUUCAUACAUACAUAAAUAAAUAAAUAUAAUAAUAAGUUUAUUGUAUGGAAACCUGGGAACAUAAAUAAUAAAAACAAAUGGUUCUAAAAUAAUUAAAUAAUUUUAAAUGUUAUGUAUUAUUUAUCUUAUGCGGAAUAAUAGAUUGUAAAUUUAAAAAAAAAACACACACAAUUAAUUAAACAAUUAACUGUAAAAAAAAUUAUUUUAAAAAAGUUUGACGUAUGGAACUUUUAAACUUGAGAAAAAUUAGAACUUCAAGUGGAACUUUUUUAUGAUCCUGAAGUUAGCAGACAAUUAAGAAUUUUUCUUUUCAACAGUUUGAAUUUAAAAAAAAAAAAAAAAAAAAUAUGCACAUGUAGAAAAUUAAAAAAGCUGUAAGUGCUAUUUUUUCAAAUAUUUUUUUUUUUCAUAAUUUAUAGUUUUAAAAUAAAUCUAAAAAUUAUUAGAUGUUGGUUAACAAGUUUCAUACUUUUUUGUAAUUUUGAUAUUAAAAAAAAAUUUGUAGGAGCGAAUUUCGAGUAACAAAAGUUAGUUUUUAGAACAUAAUUUUCAAAACGUAUUUUUGCUACAUUUUACUCUAGUUCAAAAAAUUUCCCAUUAAAAACUAACAGCCUAAUAAUAAUUUAAAAAAGUUAAUAAAAAAUAAAAAAUUUGAAAUUUUUUCGAAACGAAGGUAAACUGUACUAAAAAAACAUUUUCAGAAAAUGUUUUUAAAAACUUUAUUUUACUUAAAAAUCGCUCAUAUAAAAUCCUAGAUAAAAAUUUUUUUUUUUACUAUCAAAAAUACAAGUUCGAAAAAAGUUCCACCCAAAAUUCAAAUCUGGAAGUUCCACCCGUCAACUUUUUUGUAACAAUUUUUUUUACACCAAUCUUUAAAAAAAAAUAAUUAUUUAAUUCGCUACAACGAAAUCUAACGGCGAUUAUUAUUCCGCAAUUAAGUUCGAUGUUAACUUUGUAAAUACGUAGAUAAAAUAUAUAAGAUUAUUUAAAUUUAAAUAAAUAACAAGUGUAAAGUGUGGCAAUUUAAAAGAGAUAUAAUCAUGAAUGUUUAAUUAAUUUAAGUAUCAGCCAUCAUAAUAUUAUUUAAUUCUUACAUUUUAAAUUCUUGUUUCAUUUAUUUAAUUUAAUUAAAUUAAAAAAAAAAAAAAUAAAUAAAAUAUACCAGUGCCAUUCCACCAGCAUUUAAUUUAUAAAUUUUUUCAUCUUUAUAUAAAAUAUUUUUCGUUUUCAUUUCUAUAUUAUAUAUUAUAAAUUUUCUGUUUGGAAAAUAAAUGUGUUUUUUUUUCAUUAAUUAAUUAAUUAAAAUAUUAAAGUAAAGUAGAUGUAAAGAUUUAAUUAAAAGCAGUUAGAAGUUUAAUGAAAGAUUUAACAAUCGCGAGUAUUUAUAUGGACUGCUUUAGUGUGGGAUUUAACCCGUUGUAAAUAUUUGUAAUAUUUAUUAUAAAAAAAAAAUAAUAAUAAUAACAAUUAUAAUUAUAAUAAUAAUAUUAAUGCGUAGAAUAUCUAUAGAUGUGACUUUUAAUUUAUAAAAAAAACUAAGUUUUUAAAAUUGAGGAAUCAAUAAUUGAGUGUCGCUGGCAGUAGCCAAAAAUAAUUAAAAAUAUUGACAGGAUAAAAUGAAAAAUGAAAAUGCGAAUUAAUAUAAAUAAGAUAAAAGGUGUAAUGUAAUGUUAGAAAUAAAUAAAAACAGACAUUUAAAUAAUUUAAUCGUAUAUCCUAGUCACUAAGUACACAGUGUUCAUCAGCAAAAAAAUUAUCUUGCCAAAUUAAUUGAAUGGCUCAAAUUUUUAUCCAAAAAAAACUAAUAAUAAAUAAAUAAAUAGUAGAAAUUAUUUAUUCCGAAUGAUAUCUCAUGCUCGUACAUAUUGAAAAAAAUACAGAGGUUUAAAAAUGAAAAAAAAAUGUAGUAAAAUUACAGUGCAUUACAAUCUUUUGUAGUUUGAUUAAUGGAUAGAGCUCUACACCUCGAUUUAAUGAAAUAAAUUAAUUAUAAAAGUAAAUAAUUAAUGGAACCACUUUAAUUAAAAUAUCGUGUAUUGUUGAAGACUGCCGUGAAAUUAAAAACGGGAUCAAUACAGUAUUCUAUGUAACUGGUUAUUUUUUUCUUUUUUCAUUUUUUAUAUUUAUAAUGUGUCAAAAUUUUCUAACUUAAUAUUAAAAAAUAAUUAAUUCUUUAAAGAAAUUAAUGAAAAAAAAAAAAUUAAUUAAAUUAAAUGAUUCUGAAGUUAGCAGAGAAUUUAAAAUUUUUGGAUUUUUUUUUUUUUUUUUUCAACAAAUCGAUGAAUUAAAAAAAUAAAUUUUUUUAUAGAGAAAGAGUUUAAUUUAAAUUUCCAAAAAAUUUAUUAUUUCGAAAAAAAUUAUUUGAGUUAAAAUUCUGUUUGAUAAAACAAUUUUUUUUUUUUUUGGAAAAAUUUUUGAAAAAAUUACUUCCUGUAUUAAAAAAUAAUUUCUCAGUGCAGAUGAAAUUUUUUUUUUUUUUUUUUUUUUUUUUAAUUUAUCGUUUUGAAAAAAAUCCAAAAAUAAAUAGACGUCGGCAAACUUCAGUAUCAUAAAACGACAGCAAUUAUUUAAAUUGUUAACACGAUAAAGCCUAGACAAUUGUCAAUGAAACAUUAAUUCUAAUUUAUUGUCAAUUGUUGUAUUACAAUUUAAUAAAUUUGUAUAGCUGAUAAUAAAUAUAAAAUGAAAUCAA